UUAAUCGCAUCCACCCAGCUGUCUCACGAUUAAUCCACCCGUCUGCCUCCUUCCCGCUCUUCAAUGCUGCAAUUCCAAUCUGCUGCUAUCUAUGAGGCCCUUUCCAUACGCGACAUCUUUCUAACUCCACUACAACGCCAUGAACUCUGCAAGCAUUCCUGCUCCCUCUCCAUUCGAGAUCCCCCAUGAUGAUCUCACCGGCCUGUGUGCUUCCCCGGCCUUCCAGAUCCUUCGUGACUAUCUCUCCCACCAGGCAGACUUCUGCCAUCACCAUGAGCGCUGCUCCGACGACGCCAAGCAGACAUGGCUGCUCCAUCGUGACAUCCUGCAUGCACUCACCAUGCCCGUUGCACAGCUGUACAAGCGAGCAUCAGCCCUUGCUGCUGCUGCCCUAUGCUCCCAGAGAGUCGUCGAUCUAGAGCUCGCGUUCUCGGGCGAAGCUCGUGGCGCUUUCGUAUGGCUCCAAUGCUUCGUCACGGAAGAGGAGGAGUGGGUGGUUACCAGUGGUUGCCCAGCAUGCAUCACCGCAGAGACCAUGAGCACGGAAUCGCACCUUCGUUUCACAAUUGCAGCAUCUCUCCUCACCACCGCCUCGAUUGCUUCUCCCAAUUCCUCCGCCACCAACAGCUCCACAUCUACCCCCCUAUCCGAGGAUGGACCCACGGAAACAGACUCCGGCUCCUCUACCGGCCUCACGCUCCCGGCUCUCCCACACAUACUUCCAGCGCUUCGGACGGCUCUCGAGAAAGACGAGUUCUGGGGUCCUGACUUUUGGCCGUACCUUUUCUCACGAUCCACCCAACUAUCGGCAGGCCUGCAAGCGCUCAUCACCGAAUGUGUAGACUUGGAAUCUCUGGUGUCCUCCCCCGCGGACGAGCGACCGACAGCGGCACGCAGCGUGACUAUGCCGGGCGUUUUACCUUCGGAGGACGCGGAGAAAGGAAUGAAAAUCAAGAAGAGCAAGUUGGCUAAGCGACAGUUGCGCUUGAAGAACGAAGAGUUGGAGCUAAUGAGGAGGAGCGCGAUGCAGUGCUGGGCCAGGGCAGCCAUUCCUAGCAAGAUAAGGAACGAGCUUCUGGGUCGCAGCCCCAGGCGGAGGAGCUUGACCGCACCGUGAUUUUUCUUCGUCGAAUUGUUGUAGAUAUUGUUGAGCAGCAGUGUGAUUAAGGUAUAUGGCCCAUCGGCCAAUGUCUAGGCGUUUUUGUCAUCAGGUCAACCAGGGCUUGGGACCGGGAUUAGGGAUUUGGGAA